AUGGCCGCCGCGGCCGCAGCGUCCUCGGUGGUGAAGCGUGCCGCCGCAGCCGCCGGCGCUUCCUCGCGGGGCCUGCUCCUCGCGCGCGCCUUCGCCUCGGGAGUUGGCGGCGGUGGUGGCGAGAAGGCCAAGCGGGUGCUGGUGCCGGUGGCCGCCGGCACGGAGCCCAUCGAGGCGGCGGCCACCGCCGACGUCCUCAACCGCGCCGGCGCGCGGGUCACCGUCGCCACCGCCGACCCGCCCGGGGACGACGGCCUCGUCGUGCAGGCCGCCUACGGCGUCAAGCUCGUCGCCGACGGCCGCGUCGCCGACCUGCAGGGGGAGUCCUUCGACCUCAUCGCCCUGCCGGGAGGAAUGCCUGGAUCAGUUGGCCUCAGAGAUUGCAAAGCGCUCGAGAAGAUGGUCAAGACCCACGCCGAGAAUGGGGGCCUCUACGGCGCCAUCUGCGCUGCGCCGGCGGUGACGCUGGCUUAUUGGGGCAUGCUCAAAGGCUUAAAGGCGACCUGUUAUCCGUCGUUCAUGGAGAAGUUCACUGCAGAGGUGAUCCCUGUGGACUCGAGGGUUGUGGUUGACAGAAAUGCCGUCACCAGCCAGGGUCCAGGAACAGCGAUCGAGUUUGGUCUUGCUUUGGUGGAGAAGCUAUAUGGCAAAGAGAAGAUGGAGGAGGUUGCUGGGCCUUUGUACUUGCGCCCUCAACAUGGAGCUGAAUAUACCAUAGAAGAGCUUAAUUCAGUUGAAUGGAAAUGUGGUAGCACACCUCAGGUUCUUGUUCCAGUCGCUAAUGGUUCAGAGGAAAUUGAAGCUGUCAAUUUGAUAGAUGUGUUGCGUAGAGCAGGAGCAAAUGUUAUUGUUGCAUCGGUGGAGGAGAAGUUACAAAUUGUGACCCGUCGCCAUAAGUUUAAUCUAAUUGCUGAUAUGAUGUUGGAUGAAGCCACUGAAAUGCAAUUUGAUUUGAUUGUCAUGCCGGGAGGUUUGCAAGGUGCUCAGAAGUUUGCUAGUACAAAGAAACUUGUUGACUUACUCAAGAAACAGGCAGAAUCAAAUAAACCAUAUGGUGCAAUAUGUGCCUCUCCAGCUCAUGUGCUUCAGCCGCACGGUUUACUGAAGGGCAAGAAGGCGACAGCAUUUCCACCUAUGUUACACCUGCUCACAGAUCAGAGUGCAUGUGAGCAUAGGGUUGUUGUAGAUGGUAACCUUAUCACCAGUAGAGCCCCAGGCACUGCGACAGAGUUCGCCCUAGCCAUUGUUGAAAAACUGUUUGGUCGAGAUAAAGCUGUCAGUAUAGCAAAGGAGUUGAUCUUUAUGUGA